UUCGCAGGAAGACGUCCAAACUUUCCAUGGCCGUGACAUUGAAGAGGCAUUAGUAGUAUUUCUCCUAGUCCUGGCGUUUGACAACUUUUAUAGAGAGAAGAGAAGUGCUUUCAGGCCCUGAGAAGGGACCGUCAGUGAAGUUAUCUCCGUCAGGGACCAUUCGGAACUUCGCAGAGAAGUUUAUUGACACAGACGUAGUUGGUUUUCGAGUCACCGUGUCAACUAGUGGAGCGUUCUUGCUUUUUCACGACAUUUUGACAACAGUGAAGACCUACAAAAAUGGCUUCAAAAACUGCCAUUCUAGAAGCUUGAUAUUUUGUGCCUUCUGGCUAUUCUGGAGGCUUGGCUAAAGUUUUUACUGAGGAUCCGAGAAGACUUCAACGAGUGGUGAAAUUAUGGCAUACGCAACCGCAGACUUCUUCGGAACUGAUGCCGGGUUGUCGUCGCUUCUCCGGCCGGACACCCCGGUGACGUCUGCCGACCGAGACGGGUCGGACAGCUCUCUGCCCUCCUUCGAAGACUCGGGACUCAGUAGCGGCGGGAGUCCGGAGGGUUCUGCCCUGCUCAGCGGAGGCAGUCGCCGCCGACGCCGAAGGAGGAAGCCCCGUCUCACCGGGUUGAGCAAGCAGCGUCAGGCGGCGAACGAACGCGAGAGGGUCCGCAUGCAGAAUCUCACGGCCGCGCUGGGGGUUCUACGGGAACACAUCCCUCCACCAGUCGCUCCUAAAGACAAACGUCUCUCAAAAAUCGAGACCUUGAAGUUGGCCAUCGGUUACAUCGACUAUUUGAGAAAAGUUCUCCAAGAAUCGGCCGAAAACGCGUCCUCUCUGUUACCACCCUCACUGGAAAGUCUGGCCAAGGAAGACGCAGAGUUCGACAUUCACGGAAGUUUUCAGAUUAAAGGACAGAACAAAGAACAGAAGUGUCGAAGAAAGGACAGAAACAGAAGACCGAGUCUUUCUACUCCUGAUUGCCAUGCCAAGAAGAGUCAGCUAACGAAAGCAGGGUCAAGACCGACAGCUGCCAAGGUACAGCUCAGACCGCCCCCCGUGUCACCCUACUGCCCCAAGCCAGGGAGCCAAGACGAGGUGUCGGUCAAGCUGGAAACAUGAUCACGAUGGACAAGAAGAAGUCGUAGACAUCAUCCUUCCAUGAAAUAGACCUACACAAUCCACCUUACCCCACCUAGCCACCUGCCAAAUAUCAUCCCAUUCUGACGGAUCUUGAGAUAUACACCAAAACAUCAUCCAGACUGAAAACAGCACCCACUAUUUUCAUGGAGGGUAAAAAUGGUGUUAUUGCAUUAGAAUUGGACUACUACUAUUAAUCCCCAAGCAGGUGUAGGGUCUAGCUCGGUGUUAACGCAUGUUUUGAGGUACUUUCUCUACUAGUGGUUCUCAUUUGCACGUCGUUUCAGCAACACGCAUGGAACACCGAGCCGAAGCCUACGUCUGCUUGAAUAUUGCAUCA